CCCUGCGUACCUCACCGGGGUCGUAUCGGGACCCAUCUCCUCACCCUUGUGCUUCUACGCACCAUACAAGAGAUCACAGGGAUUAUUAUCAGUGAAGUCUCUCAUCUCAUCACCAUUAUUACAGAGAGAAUAGCUGUUCACACCAGAGAUGUUCUAGAUCUCCUUCUCCUACAAGACGCUCACGCUCACCAACUCGUUCACCACGAAGCACCUAUUAUGUCAGGUACGGCAGUGCUAGAUCUUCUAGACGUUCGUCGCCUGCAGGGUCUGACCAGCAUUAUACGCAUUGUCAUAGACCGGACUAUGUUGAUCAUCUCAUCACAGUCACUCUCCAUCUCAUCGCAGGUCUCCAUGUUCCUGUCGGUCAAUUAGCCCACACUCUGUGCUUUCAGAGAUUCCCAAACAUUCUCCGCUACAACGUACGAUACCUUCUCGUUCUCCGAUGCACCAAUCACAAAUGUCAGACCUAGAGGAAGGGCAACUCUCGGAAGCUGACCCGGACAUGUCGCCUAAUACCUGUUCACCAUUGCCUUCUAGGGAUGAAUCGCUGUCUCUGGGCGAGACGUCACCUCCGGACGAUCUUAAAGAAUUCCAAGACCUGUUUAAACAUGCCGCACAAUCCCAGGAGGUGCAACUUACUGAGUCCCAGGUUAAGCAGCAUAAGUUAUUUAAGAAUUUACACCCUAACCAACAAAGAAAGAUUGCCCUCCCAAUAGAUGACGCUAUCUUGGAGGUAGCACAGGACAUCUGGCAGACGCCAACAUCAAUACCGCCCACAAAUAAGAAAAUGGAUAAAAAGUAUUUUGUCUCGUCCAAAGGUUUGGAAUUUCUUUUCAAUCACCCGCAGCCGAAUUCCCUGAUAGUGGAUGCAGUUCGCCAUAAGAGCAAGAUGUCCCAAUUUAAGAAUUCCCUACCGGAUAGGGAUACAAAGAAAUUGGAUUAUUUUGGUCGAAAAGUUUACUCCUCCUCAACCUUGCUACUGCGGGUUGCCUAUUAUGCUGCUCUUUUGUCAAACCAUAACUUUGACAAUUACUCCAAGCUCCCGGAACUUAUGCAACAUCUCCCUGACAAUAAGAGGUCUCUCCUUAAAGCUGUUGUCCAGGAAGGGUUCACUGCAUGUAGAACAUCGCUUCAGAUCACCACGGACGUUGCCGACACAGUCGCUUGA